GGCCUGGAAACGAACUGCGUUGGCAAAGGCAAAGGAUUAGGGUUUACGAGAUUUGGGGGUUUCUUGCAACUGAAAAAGCGUUGUGACUGUUUCCGUUCGAAAUCACUGGCGCAAAAUGAUCUACGACGUGAAUUCACCCCUCUUCAGAUCCUUCCUUAGCCAGAAGGGAGGUUCUUCUGACAAGAGGAAAAAUGAGGAGCAGAAACCAAAGGAACAGAGGCCAAAAGCUAGUGAAAAUAAGCCUGUUAUGAACGAGUGAUGGCUCCAUGCUCAAGCUUCUUGUGGCAGGAUCUUUUAAUUGCUAGAAUGAACAAUCUUAAGCACCCUUUUUGAAGGGAAUUUGGCUACUGAUGGGACUUGUGUUAAAUUUUGUAUGAUGUUCUUCCUAUAUAAUGUUGGCAAGUCAUGUUUGAAACACAAUUUGCUUUAAGGAGUUGAUCCUUUCAUGAAGAUUUGAUUUGAAUUUACAGUAAA